CAGCAAUACCCUUUCACCUCUCCGUUUGAUUUGUCGAGUGCUCUCAGCCACGUCGACGCAUGCGCAGUGACCCCACGUGUUCAUAAACAAAGUUAGCUAGAAGAGAGAGAGAGAGUAGGGGAUACACUUCGUAAUUGACAGCUUCCUUAACAUGGGGACAGAAACUAACAAAGACGAUCGUAACACUCCAGAAUAUUUAGCGCAGUUACUUAAAGAUAAAAAACAAAUUCAGGCUCUUCCAAAUGUAUUCAUUCAUACGGAGAAAAUAUUAGACGAAGAAAUCAACAGAGUCCGUUUGUCAUUAUUUCACCAUCAAUGCAAGCGAGACAUUUUGGAUCUACCAGAGCCUCAGGGCCCAGUGGUCCAGCUUCAGGAAAAACUUUUUGUGCCUGUCAAAGAAUAUCCCGAUUUUAAUUUUGUUGGCCGGAUUCUCGGUCCCCGUGGGAUGACAGCUAAAGAAUUGGAACAGUUCACAGGGUGCAAGAUCAUGGUCAGGGGCAAAGGCUCCAUGAGGGAUAAAGCCAAGGAGGACCAAAACCGCGGCAAAGCCAACUGGGAACAUUUAAACGAAGAUCUCCAUGUCCUGAUCACAGUUGAAGACACUCGAAACAGAGGAGAGAUUAAACUCCAGAGAGCUAAAGAGGAAGUCAAGAAGUUGUUAGUUCCAGCACCUGAUGGUGAAGAUGACCUCAAGAAACGUCAGCUUAUGGAGUUAGCAAUAAUUAAUGGAACAUACCGUGAUACAACGAAGCCAUCCCCGUCUCCGUCCCAGAAUUCAGUGCCUGGUCAAGCCCAUCUUCAGCUGGGUGGGAUGCCAAUGUUCCUUCCCCCUGGCCACCUGGGGCAAACGGGAGUUCGUGCCCCUGGUCAGAUGCCUCACUUGGUCCCGGUUAGCGGGGCAAACUCCCUCUCUGAUGGUUUGUCCUUGUUGCAUUCAUUUUCUUUAGCCAAUACGGAACACACACGUUUUCUAACACAGCCACUAGCCAUACAGAUGCGAACACCUACGCCCACCGGUGCUCCAAUUAUCCUGGCACCUCGCCUGCCAUCGCAAGUCAUGGCCACCAACCAGCCUAGCAUGAAUGGGGCCCCACCUCCACUGGUGUCCCCCUCAGGAGAGCACACAGGACUUGUUUAUAACCCCUAUGCUAUGAGCAUUGGGCAGGGCCUGCAUUCAGCCAUGGAUCCUUACGGCCUAGCAUCAGGGACACCUUCCAUAUUCGAGUACCAGACACAUCUUGAGCAAACUCAAGCGGGUGGUGUCCAAAAGAUCAGAAGGACUAUAGAAGGAGUCAGGGCUCACCCAUAUACUAGAGUAUCAUUGAACUAAUAAUUUAUACAGCUGGCAACUAACCACAUCGUGCCUUAUAAAGACGGGCUCUGUCGCCAGUCGCUCUGUUUGUGGUGGGGACAAAAUGUUGGCCGGGCGCUGGGUUGUGCUGCUGCUGGCUUCCCUUCAGUUCUUCAACAGCAGCAGUGUCUCAACAGCCAGAGAGGAAUAUUUAAACAACCUUUGGGAUAGUGGAAAAGAGAUGCAGCUACAAAGAAAGUUCUUUCUCUGUAUAUUUUUUUUUGUGUUAAUCUAAAUAGAAAAAGAAAAUGGUAAAAACCUGCACCCGCCUACAAUUUGUUUCAACUUUUUGAUUGUCCUCUAAUUUUGUGUUGAAUUUUUUAAUUAUUAUUAAACAAUUGGUUUCUAUGGUAAUAUUUUAAUGUUCAAACCUACCUGUGUAUUGCUAUAAAUGUUUUAUAAUACAGAUUAACAUGUUUUGUAACCUACCUUUGUAAUGAUCAAAACAAACUAUGAACUGCUCAUGACUUCCGAUGCUAUGUAAUACUGAUCUGGUGUGAGGAUUCCUAGUAUAUAUAUUUUUGGGUUUUAUGAAAGGUCUAAAUGUUGUCACUCCUUUUAAUUUGUCUUGGCGCUUUGAAAUUAUAGCCACACCAGUUCAGUUUUGCUUAGUUUGGUUAGGCAGAAAGUUAAAUUUUAUUAAAGUGCCUGAAAUCGUGUACUGCUGCUAACAUUACCAUGUAUAAGACAAAGCCUCCUUACCUCAGAACAAUGUGUCCAACAGAUGUAUAAUUAAACAAGUUUGGUGGAUGAUGGACAUAAUUUAAAAAAAAAAAUUCUGCAGUGGAGGUGGUCUAAAUUUAACUGAAAUAAAUUUUAACAUUUUUAAUGUAUAAAACAUUUUUUUGGUUGUUUAAAAAUAUUCUUUUUAGUUGAACCUAUAAGAUGAUUGGUCAAAGAGUUAUCCACCUUUCAGAAACACAUCAUUGAUAUUAAUAUUUGUAUUCAAAUUUCUAUGACUAUAACUAAAACAAAAUGUUCAUUUACUCUGCAUUGAAACUGAUAUUAUAAUGUGGAUGUUUUUAUAUUUGACAUUUCUUUUAUUUACAAGUGAUUUUUUUUUUUUUUAGUGAAAUGAGAUUGUGAAUUAAACAUGUAAUCAUUUGAUUUAACCUUGCUAGUUUAUUGAUACAAUGCUGCACCUAGUUUACUAACUGUAAAUGACUGAAUAUUUUUUUUUGUAAGUUUCACCACUGCUUGGUUGUGUUAAUAAUCUUAUACUCUUUAACAUCUGACAAUUGAUUACAAGAACCUUCAAACACAUUUUAUUUGUUUACACUGUAUCUUUAACCUUUAUUGCCUAUUGGUCUUUGUACAAUUCUGCUUUGGAACUAAUUUUUUAGUGCUUGUUCAUUGUAUGUAUUCUUGAAAUAUUUGCUUACAUAUCUAUGGAUAUGAAUAGGUUGAAAACUUCAACAUAACAAAUAUAUCUUAGACAAUACACAUAUCAAAUGCUAAUGGCAUAUCAUUUUUUUCCCCAAUUAUAUUAAUUAAUGGAAAAUAAAGAAACCCAGGCAACAAUUUCCUAACGGAUGCCAUCAAUUUUUUAAGCAAUUUCAAAUAUUAUUAGAACCAAAAUAAAAAAGAAUCAAGUUUUGUAAAUAAUUAUGUAUAUAAAUUAACUGAAUCAAAUUAUUUUUACUCCAACAUUUUGAAAGUGAAUAAAAAUUUGGACUUCAGCAAAAAAAUGAGAUCUCUGCAUUUGUGGAACUUUUUAGGAUUGAAAACACAAUAGGGCCUGCAGUCUACAUUACAGGUUUACUAGAAUAGGCUUAAACGAACAUGUACUGAAAAAUUGCUCAGACAUGAGGGUGUUCAUUACAUUGUGUUGUUCUUGAGCCUUAUCCCCAUCACCUUUUUUUUUUUUCUUCUUCCCCCCCCCCCCCGAAUCACCCAUUUAUGUACCUAUACAUUAUUAUUGUUCAAAUCAAAAGUUUUUUCCUAAUCUUCUUUUGUGAAAAACUUCAUAUACCCAGCAAAUGUGAUAUUUAGUUCAUAAACACUUUAUUUUAAAUGCUAACUAUGCAAUAAUCUACCUGCUGUCACAGGUUUAUGUAUACUUGUAGUGCACAGUUUGGACACUAGAAAAUGAACUUAGGGCAACUUUUGUUUACGUGUGGAUCACAUUUAGACUUAAAAGGCUAUUUAUUUGAUCUAAAUCAAAAAGAAACAAAAAACAAAGGUGAAUGAGCAUUAUACACUGUUGACUGUACUUAAUUAUAUUAUCAAAUGAUAUACUUAUAGAGUAAAUACAUGUAAUCAAAAUAUUAUUCUAAAGCUCUAUACACAUGUAUAUUUAUAUUUCUAGUAUUGUGACUUGGUGACUUAACUCUGUACAUUGUGUCCUAUACUGAUGCAAUUUCCCUUUACAUGCUUUCUUGUGAAUGUGACGUGAGCCACGGAACAAAAUGUUUCAUAGUAAAUUGUGUUGCUUUUUAAGUGAACAUUUGAUGAUGUACUUAAGUUCUGAAGUAAUCGUUUCGUUUACUGAGAAUGCAAGUCCAUAGCCUUUUUGAAGCACUUUCUCAACAUCCACAGAUUUUUUUUUUUUUUUGAUCUCAAAUCUUUUUGUUUUUGCUUAGCAACUUGUCAAUUCAGAAAGCUUUACCUUUUGUAAUCUCAGUUUUUCUCUUUUAUUAUAGAAAGUAACUAUAGAAAUGAAUUGAUCAAAAUUACUGAUAGAUUAGUCUCUACUGCAGAGUGAAUCGUGAAACUUACGGUUUUAAAAACAAAUCUUUAUUUGCAUUGAUCAUAAUUUUCAGUUGAAUAUGUAUUCAAGUUCUCAUUGAAAAGUUGGAAUAUGGUAUCAGAUUUAUAGUAUUGGUCUGUUGUACUGUUCAAGCAGUGAUUCGUCUUUUGAAAUUACUGUAUGAUAAACUGAUAGUUGGCAUUAAGUUAUUUCAAGGAAUAUUUUCAGUAAUUGUUUUUGUUUGCUUAUGAAGUUGACAUUAAAACAAGGAUAGUAGUCAUAUGCAACAUGUAUAUCUAUACAACUUUUUGUGGUUAAAGUGACUAUAUUCAUGCAAUAUUGUUACAUUCAAGAUAAGGAUUUGUUGCCCUUUGUUGUUAACUCAUAUCAUUGUCUGCCUACUUCAUUACUUUUUUUGUAGUCUAUAGUAUUGCUACUCUGUAGUGUUGCUAGAUGUUCCGACUCUAUAGUAUUUCAUUUGACACAAGUAUUUCAGCAUUGAAGAUCAGUAUGUGAUAGGUUUUUGAAUAAGUGCCUUUUUUUUCUAACUGCUUGUCUUUUAGUAUUCUUUCUCACAAUCUAUUUACUCCGCCCAUUUAUGGUCUAACCAUGUUACCAUAAGAUACAUUGUUUAUAUAUAGAUAUAUAUAUAAAACAUCUAUUUUUUUUUGGUCAUUGAAUUAUAAUUUGUGAAAGAUAUCCCAGUUUACGUAGACUUCCCAGAAGUGUAUAUUUUUCUAAAGAAAUGUUUUCUUUGGUUGUCACGGCUCACUGCAUAAUGUUACAAUAUUGUGUUCUGCUGAGUUGGAAACAGUUUUUUCUUCUGUUGUGAAUAGCUUUUUUUUAAAUUGAUUUUUAUGAUGUUUAAUUUUCUUGUAUUUUUUUUUUUGCGCUUCAUUAGAAUCUCACAUGUUCAUGAAUUAAUUGUGUGUGUGUGUGUGUGUUUCUACCUGCAUUCUAAUACUCAUCUCAUUUUAUGGCAAUUUUUUUUUUGUUCGUUUCAUUUGAUGUCACAAUUUUGGCGCUAAUAUUAAUCUUGUGUAUUUUGUGUUUCUUUUCAUUUUCUUUUAAAACAAGUCUCUCAUUUUUAUUUCUCCUUUUAAUUACAUUUAACUGACUGUGCUCAGCUAUGUAACUAAUUUAACAAUUAUAUAACCUCACCAUAUAUAACUUAAUAAAAAAAAGGAUUUUCCUAGCCAAUGGGUUUGCUGUAUUUUUCUUGCCUCUAACAAUGCCUUAAUUUUUAUUAUUUUUUUGUAUGAUACUAAAACUUGAAUUAACUAAAUAGUUAUCUUAACCUAAUGUGCUCGCAUGCUAAGUAAGUUAAUGAAAGAGUUUACAAUAUAUACGGUACAUAAAGCUUUUAGAAAGUAUGUCUUUGUAUUAGCUAACAAAAAUAGCUAAUGCAUUUGUCUGAAAUUAAAUUUGCUAUUUUUUGUAAUUCCAACAAAGACAAAAAAAAAAAUCAGUAACAAGUGAACAAAGUAAGAACAUUACAUUGACUGUAAGAUGGUCAAUUUUUCCCCCUUCAGGUGCGAGCACAUGUACAAAACAUGAAACCUUCUAGAAAGUCAACUGUGGAGAUACUUUUCUCUAGGAGGUUUCCCGUUUGUUUGAUGGUAGUUGUUCUGAAUAAUAUAUAUUAUAUCUUUUACAUUAAUACAAUUAAACUAACUUUGCUAAUCAUGCUAGUUAAUUACAGUCCAUCCCAUGAUUCAUCUGUUACUUCUGCUUCAAAUUAAAUCAUAAAUAAAGGUGAUUGGUUUUACUUUAACUACCUAAAACUACUAAAUCCAGUGGCCAGUGUGAACAAGUCUUUCUAGCGGAUAGGAAAAUUGCAUGCAAAUUCCAAAAGUUUGUUUCAAUAAAUACUAACCACAUUAAAGCUGUAUAUAAAGACGAAAAAAAAAGUCUGUAAACCACACUUUAUACACAUCCUUUUUGCUCACACAAUUUUUGUUUGCUUUUUAUUUAACCUAAUGAAAAAGCAAUUGCUGAAAAAGACACAUUUUCUAAAUAGCAUAUAUUCUGCUCAACUGUUAUUCCACUUAGCAAUCAAAUGUGUUUUUUUUUUUCACUUUUGAUAUAUUGAAUUGAUAAACAAACAGGACCUCUGUGAAAAGUUGAAAUGUGGUUCACGAUUGACACCAUAGACUCUGGUCUGACAAAAUGUUAAGCAUUGCCAAGCACAACAGACACAUAACAUAGUAGCUUUUUUGUACCAGACAGAGUAGACUCCUACUACUAAACAUAGUGCUGUAGUUAAUGUUUUAAACAAAUUGCUUAACUACUAAACUAAUACAGCUAACACUAAUUGUAUUCGACCUAAAACAUUUGGUAGAGUACAGGACUUCACUAAUACCUAUCAUAAACACACAUUUUAUUUGUACCUUCAAAGUACAACAUCAUUGGUCUGCUUCUGUAGCUUACACAAUUCCGUUUCUGUUAUAUUGAUUCAUUUCUAUGACUGGCUGAGAUGUCCUGGAUGAGUGUGUAUGAAUGUUACCUUGCAGAAGUCUUGCCACAUCAUUUUCAUUUAAUCAUUCUGAAUGUCUCUGGACACCAAAAGUAAUUACUAAUUGGGUGGAUGUCAGUAAGCCUGUCUCUCAUUACACAUGUUCACUGUACAUAGGCCUAACCUAAAGUACAAUGUCUGAAUCACUCUCAAACCUACUCACCAGACAUACAGUACUCACUUGAUAGGGUAUUUUUUUUGUGACUUAUUUACUCAUAAUAUAUAUAUUAUGUAUAGCUAUAUAUGAAUGACUCAAAUUUUAUUUCUAAAUUUAUAAUGGGAAAAGGUCACACACACUAUUUGUUUUGUUCAACUAUACCUUGAUAUACACUUCCUAGCUAUAUACAUUUUUUUUUAAAAAUUGAUAUUUAAUUCUCUUUACCCAUACCAUAAUAUUUUGUGUGUGUGUUGGUGCCUGCUCUCAUUAUUUCUACAAGUUGCUCAAGUGUACAGGACAAUGUCAGUGUAGUCCAGAUCUUCCCACUCAAAUGCCUUAUAUACUUUUAUUGGAAGUGAUUGUGCACAAACCAUGACAUGUAGUCAAUUAUUUUGUCUUUCCCUUUUAUAGCUCAUCUCUCAGCAGCAUUGAACUUCUAAGUCAAUGUUGACUCGUGAAAACUUUCAGUGAUAUUAUUUUUGACAUUCUGAAGGAAAACAAAACAAUCUUGCUCUGUACUAUUAGUGGUAUUGCAGUGACAUGGCCAGAUAAACUACUAGUAAAAAGGCCAAAGUAGAAGUGAACUCCACUUUGAAUUUUAAAAGACAUGUAAAAAAUUGAAAGUAUUUAGAAAAGAGAUAUUGUGAAGAAGAAAAGACAAAAUCCUUUAAUUUUAUUGUGCCAGAACUAUUACUUUAUAUAAUAAGUUAUAUGAAAUAAAAAUAAUGCAUACAAAAAUA